AUGACAACCGCGACCCGCUUGGCUGCCAGGGCUUGUGAUCGCUGCAGACGAAGGAAGGCCAAGGUAAGCCAUCCAUGCGACGGAGGUUCGCCAUUGUCUACUUGUACAAGCUGCCGACGUUCCGGCCAGAGAUGUACCUUUGAUCUGCCUGUUGCCAGAAGAGGACCGAAAAGCAACAAAACUCGGCGGCACACAUUACCUGCCCCUCAUGAUGCAGCACCGCCAUGUACGCUCCACCCAGGCCCGCCUGCGAUAACUAGCACCAGUACCACCCUGCAAUUCUCCGCUGCCUCUCCUGUCUCUGGCCCUAUCAUGCCCCUGGAUCCCCGCACUCCGAGAUUAAGCACCCUGGCAAGCUCCCCAUCGUGGGACACUAGCCUGGUAGACCCGGCAUUGUCGCCUCCGAGAGAGCAGCCACCGUUGUCAUCAUUGCAGCGAUGGCAUCAACUCGCUCGCGCCCUUCAGCUACGCGAUCCAUCGGCGGAUCUUGAGCGGACGGUGAAUCGGUGUUUUGAUUUGUUCUUCGAGUACCUGUUUCCCCUGAUUCCGUUGGUCCACGAGCCAAGUCUCCGGGAUGGCUUGCGCUUCUUCGUGACCCAAGCAACGGGAUGCAGUAUUGGCACCACCGGCCCCGAACUUUGGUCAUCGUUUGUUCGAGGCAACCCUAUAGGUGCGGACGGCAUCCUCGACCGGGCAAACAGUCUCAAAUACCCCGAACUAUGGCCGGAUGCUACCUUCACACUGAUCACCGCCGUCUGCGCGGAAGCGGCGUUUCUCUUGCCCCAGGAGAUAUUCCCCGAAGGGGAAAGGAUUGCGGACUUAUUCCUCAAAGCUUCUCGUAGCUGCUUGCACGGGUACCUGGAGGUGGACUUGGAGUAUCCGAACGCGAACUCUGUGGCUAUUCGAUAUUUCCAUUCCAACUGCUUGCAUGCGGCCGGGAAGCCUCGAUUCUCGUGGCAUAUCUUCGGGGAAGCAACCCGCCUAGCGCAGGUCAUGCAGAUGCAUGAUGAGAUGUCGUUGCAGGGUCUAUCCCCGGUAGAGGCCGAGCUGCGUCGAAGGGCCUUCUGGAUUGUCUAUAUCGGUGAUAAAUCAGCAGCUAUCCUGAACAAUCGUCCUAUUACCAUCCACAAAUUCUCCUUUGACACUGGUAUUACCACUGCCUACCCUGCAGGCAUUGAGGAUGUUGCCGGAGUAUCCCCAGCCAGCGUUGAAGUAGAUUUGCCGAUGCGGAUGAGCUUCAUCGCAGGGUUCAACGCGAACUUACGCCUGUGGCAGACAGCCUCGGAUCUAAUACUUGAGAUGCGACUCGUGGACAGCCAGAAGGAGGCCGGCCUUCUCACCCCGCGGCUUCUGACCGUAGAUGAACGACAUCGCCUUGGUAAUCUAUAUGUCUUGUUCAUAACCUCGCUGGAUAAACUCCCGCAAUGCCUACAAACAGAUACUUUACUGACGCAAGUGGGCGAGAACACCAAUGACCGUCGCCAAAAACAGUAUGUCAUCCAAUGGGCAAACCUCCAUGUUUCACUCCAUUGUUUGCGGUUGGUCAUCACGCAAAAAUUGGAAGAGAUGGGCUACUUUGCCUCGGACGCCGAACAUCCUGACAUGUCGCUACUGAGGAAGACGGAGAUUGCCCGCGACAUGCUACGCGUGAUACGAGAAGCUCCCUUUUGGUCGCUCCAGGUGAACGGCGAGCCAUGUGUAUGUAUUAGCAGUCCUUCAUAUAUCUGA